AUUUCAUCAAGCUGAAAUAUCCCCUCUAUUUUGGGACGGCUCUUUUCUAUUCUCUGUCUCUUGCACGGAGCUUAUCACCUUAAGGGGACCAUGGUUAUGUUGAAGAUCUCCGCUUUUCUUGUUGCCUACGCUCUGAUUCUUUGCCAGAUGUACAGCUCUAACGCAGCUCCUGCCAGGCCUUCACUGGAAUCAUCACUAGAUCGAAUUACACUUACCGACUACGAAGCAAGAAGAUUGCUUAAUGCGAUUGUCAAAGAAUUUGUGCAAAUGACAGCAGAGGACAUAGAGCAACAACCUAAUGAAGAAAACAGUGUUACAACACAGAAGAGAGCCUGUAACACGGCCACAUGUGUGACCCAUCGCCUGGCAGACUUCCUGAGCCGCUCUGGAGGAAUUGGAAGCAGCAAAUUUGUUCCAACUAAUGUGGGUUCCCAAGCAUUUGGCAGACGAAAGAGACUCAGUCAGGAGUAGACAACCGAGCAGGCUUCCGGGAUCUGGUCACCAGUCUAUACAUCCACAGUUCUUCUUUGAUUGCAGUCAAAAAAAGAAAACCAUCAUGUCCACAUUAAGAACCCUAGGAAUGGAAACUCCUCACUUUCAUCAGAAUGUACUG